AUGACACACGAGGACUAUCUCGGCCGUGUGACCCAGUACAUCAAGGCUUCCGACGACGAACUUGCACAAUUUAAGGCCAUCACAAGCUACCAUGCUGGCAAAUACGAUGAGGACGCGUCUUGGCAGUCGCUCAACCAAUACGUAACCGAGAACGAGAAUUCCCGUGGCUGCGUUGCUGGUCAUCGCAACCGCGUAUACUACAUGGCCUUGCCACCCUCUGUCUUUGUCCCCGUCGCAAAGGGCCUGAAGAAGAACGUGUACGCCGAGGAUGGCGUCAACCGAUUGAUCGUUGAAAAGCCAUUUGGUAUGGACACAGACAGCUCAAACGACCUUGCACGCGAGCUGGGUGCUUUGUUCCCUGAAAACGAGAUUUACCGCAUCGAUCACUAUUUGGGCAAGGAAAUGGUCAAGAACGUGAUGACGAUGAGAUUCUCCAACAUCUUCUUUAGCCAGAUCUGGGACCGCAAAUACAUUGAUAACGUCCAGAUCACGUUCAAGGAAACGAUUGGCACUGAAGGCCGUGGCGGUUACUUUGAUGACUUCGGCAUUCUCCGGGAUGUUAUGCAAAACCAUCUGCUCCAAGUCUUGUCACUAAUUGCAAUGGAACGUCCUAUCUCGACCGAGUCCGAAGCCAUCCGCGAUGAGAAGGUCAAGGUGCUCAAGUGCAUCCCACCCAUCUCGGCGGAUGACGCCUUAUUGGGUCAAUAUGUGGCAGCCAAUGGCAAGCCAGGAUAUUUGGACGACGACACUUUGAAGAACAAGCAGAGCCGCACACCCACAUUUGCGGCAUUGACCUUGUGGAUCCAGAACGAGCGCUGGGAAGGUGUGCCCUUCAUUAUGAAGGCAGGCAAGGCUCUCGACUCGGCCAAGGUCGAAAUCCGUAUCCAGUUCCGCAACGUUGCUGGUAGUCUUUACAAGGGUGCCCCUCGCAAUGAACUCGUGAUGCGGGUGCAACCGCGGGAAGCCGUUUACAUCAAAUUCAACAACAAGCAGCCGGGUCUUUCCUACAGUACGAUCCAAUCCGACCUCGACUUGUCGUACCACGACCGCUUUACGGACAUGCAAAUCCCAGACGCCUAUGAAUCACUCAUCCUGGAUGUCCUGCGCAACGACCACUCCAACUUUGUGCGUGACGAUGAGCUCGAGACCGCCUGGAAGAUCUUUACGCCCUUGCUGCACCAGAUUGACCAGCGCGCUGACUUGCCAUUGCACACGUAUCCUUACGGCUCGCGUGGUCCUGCUGAACUCGAUGCCUUUGUCCGCAAGUAUGGCUAUGACCGGUCAAACGCAAACUACUCGUGGCCCGUUCAGAGCGUCUCCCAUGUCAACAGCUCCAACAAGCUGUAA